AACAUUAUAUAAACUCCUCAAUUGGGUAUGUGUGAAUUCAGUUGCUAAGGACACGCAUAGCGAACGGCAAAAUAUGAAGUCCACUGGGGCCAAACUGGCCAUUCUUUGCUUCGGCAUAGCAAGUCUCUUCUCCAAAAAUGGAGGCACUGCCGCUGCAAAUCCGACAGACUCUCCUUUGAGUACCACUUGUCAAAAAGUUUAUGAUACCCUAAACAUGGCUCCUUUAGAGACUGGCGUGUACUUGUUCACCAAGAAGUUCUACCCUUGGGACGCUGCUGAUCAGCUCUGCAAAAAACUUGGUCUGGAAUUGGCAUCGACUGACACAAAGAAAGAAGCAGACAUUGUUUAUUUUGAAGCAAACCGCAGAAAUGACGAAACUGUUCGAUUCUGGACGAGCGGAACUGACAAAGGUCGCAAACCUGGCGACUUCAUUUGGGCUAAUGGAAGUCCUGUGGACGAAUCCCAAUGGCUCCGGGGUGAACCAGUACAUGUAGGCGAAGAAGAAGCUUCAUGCGUCACGGUGCGAAGAAAUGGUCUGGGUGACUGUCGGUGUGCUGAUGCAAGGAAGUCUAUUUGCGAAUUGCCUCAAACUUCAGGCCCUAAAACUUGUGAAAACGUGCUUGACAAAAUGAAUAUUGCGGUUCUGGAGACAGGUGUUUACAAAUUCAACUCGGAAUCUACAACUUGGAAUGAGGCUCGUCGGUACUGCAAUGAUCUUGGUAUGCGGUUGGUCACCAUCGAUAAUCAGCAGGAAGCUGAUUUGGUUUUCCAAGAGGCAGCCCGCAGGCUUAACAAUGAGACUUACGUAUGGACGAGCGGCAUUAACAAGGAUCGCAAAAAUGGCGAGUACAUUUGGUUAACUGCUCUUGAAUUCGAUGACUUGGAGGAAAAUCCAAAGACAGUUGAUUCGUCCCUUUGGCUGCCGGGCGAGCCAAAAAACGCCAAGAAAAAGUCAGUUUCGGGCGUCGUCCUGAAGAGGGGAGGACUUGGAGACCGCAUGUGGGGCACUCAAGGAAAAUCCGUUUGCGAGCUCAUUCAAUAAUAAAAGUGAACUCAAAAUUUAAAAGCAAUUAUGUUUAAUCCGCGUUUUGUAAAAAUAAAAAUUAAAUAAAGGAUUUAUGUUCUUUAUUUAA